AUAUAUAUAUAUAUAUAUAUAUAUAUACAUUUAUUCACAGUGUAUAUAGAAAGAAUAUAUUCUGAUGAAUAAGUUUACACAUAUAGUAUUGCUAUAACGUUCUGUAUCAGAAAAGGUUCUUCCUUGUGCUACGAGGUACUCUUAAUCGAUUAACCAUAAUUAAUUGUUAUGGGAGCGUUUAGGGAAAGAAAAGAUACGACGAUGAUUUAUGCCUACCAUUUUUCUGACGGGCAAGGAUAAUAAAGCGCAUAGCGGUUGAAUACACGCCCAAUACAAGGCUCAAGCAGAAUAGAUUUAAGCUAGUUAGAAACGAAGAAACAAUGAGUAUACCGUACGAUGAGAGCUUAAUUUGGAUAGUGGUGGUCGGCUUUAUAGUGGCGUUUAUUCUGGCGUUCGGCAUUGGCGCUAAUGAUGUUGCCAACAGUUUCGGGACAAGUGUCGGCGCCGGGGUUCUUACGAUAUUCCAAGCCUGCGUUCUGGCGACCUUCUUCGAGAUCGCAGGCGCUGUACUGAUAGGAUAUAAGGUUUCCGAUACAAUGCGAAAAGGUAUAUUGGAUGUCUCAUUAUACGAGGGUCAUGAGAAGGAGUUGAUGUUAGGAGCAUUAUCCAGUCUAGCCGGCUCCGCUAUCUGGCUACUACUGGCAACUGCGUUACGACUUCCAAUUUCCGGUACGCAUUCCAUUGUUGGUGCUACAGUCGGAUUUUCCCUCGUUUGCAGAGGUCUCGCUGGGGUAAAAUGGAUAGCACUCGUUAAUAUAGCUGCGUCCUGGUUUGCUAGUCCCAUACUCAGCGGAAUUGUAUCCUCCGGUAUUUUUUGGCUCCUGAAAAAAUACGUACUACACUCCAACGACCCGUUUGAGCAAGGUCUCUUUAUUCUCCCCGUGGCAUAUGGUUUGACUGUUGCUAUCAAUAUUAUGUCAAUUGUGCUCGAUGGACCUAAAUUAUUAAUGUUGGAUCGAUUGCCAUGGUGGGGUAGCUUGAUAGCCUCGUCGUUACUGGGCAUAUUCGUCGCAAUGAUCGUGUAUGUGUUCGUGGUACCGUGGCAGAGAGCGAGGAUAUUACUGGCAUCAAGCGGUAACGGUGAGGAGACGGCAACGACGACGCCCUUUAGCACCUGUCAAGACAAAAAGGAAACGACGGCAUUAUCGGUCAUCUCGGAAGUACCUUGCAGCGACAGCAGCAACGGUAACGCGAGAUCCAAUUUAGCGGUAACGCCGCAAUUACGCGGCAAUAGCAGCGAAAGUCCGUUGCUGAUGGUCGCACAGGCGGAAGCGGAGAACACGCAAGCUGAUGGUAUGAUGGAAGAAGAGGAGCAACCGGAGGUUUCGCGGCUAUUUGCUUUUCUUCAGGUACUUACAGCGGCGUUCGGUAGUUUCGCCCAUGGUGGCAACGAUGUCAGCAAUGCAAUCGGUCCGCUUAUCGCACUCUGGGCAGUAUAUACGGAGGGCUCGGCCCGGCAGGAAGCCGAAACUUCCUUACUCAUACUCUUAUACGGCGGCCUAGGUAUCUCUACAGGACUGUGGGUUUGGGGACGCAGAGUGAUACGAACCUUGGGCCAGGACCUGGCGCGUAUAACCCCGAUUACAGGAUUUACCAUAGAGGUGGGUGCCGCAGUGACGGUCUUGUUGGCAAGUAAGAUCGGUCUACCUGUAUCAACGACGCAUUGCAAAGUGGGAUCGGUGGUAUGCGUAGGAUGGGCCUCACGUGGCGGCAAGGGAGUCUCGUGGAGAUUGUUUCGCAAUAUCGCGUUCGCGUGGCUGAUUACCGUGCCGAUGGCCGGUUGCCUGUCCGCCGGCUGCAUGGCCAUCUUCCGUGAAAUGAUUAGUUUGUGAUCGUCGCGUGGCCGAGAAGACGCGGCUUUAGACGCAGAAAAUCGCCAUCUAAAUACCGCUCUCCUCUGUUGUCAAUAAAAGUUCUUUAACAAAUAAAUAUGGUCGAACAGAAA